AUGGCUUCUAUGACGACCUUGAACGGUAGUAGACUCGACAGGUCGCUGCUUGAAGCAGUCUUGAAACCACGGCUCUUCUUCAGCGAGGUCUUCGAGAUCUACCGUCUUUCGCCCAACUUCAAGGGCGACAACCGUGGUCUCUACGACUACGGACUGCUUGGAACUGCCUUGCAGACAAAUAUUGUCGAUGCCUGGAGGAAGCACUUUGUUCUCGAGGAAAACUUUCUGGAGCUAGACUGCAGCGUACUAACACCCGAGUUUGUCCUCAAGACAAGUGGUCAUGUCGACAAGUUCGCCGACUUGAUGUGCAAGGGCCCCGCCAAGGGUGAAUACCUAAGAGCCGAUCACCUCGUUGAGAAUGUCCUGGAAUCGCGACUCUCGUGGGGGCUAAACGGGCCUUCCAAGGACUCUCCCAAGUUGGGUGAUGCAGCCAUUUCCGAAUAUAAUGACAUCCUUGCCAAGAUUGGCAAUUACGAUGGCCCCCAACUUGGUGAGUUGAUCACACGGCUCGAUAUUCGAAAUCCAGACGGCAACGGCGAGGCCAACCCGCCAAUCCCUUUCAACUUGAUGUUUAAAUCUACGAUUGGCCCUAGUUCAGCUACACCUAUCUGCCUCCGUCCCGAGACGGCCCAGAGUCACGUUGGAAAGGCCUAUAAAAACGAGAUCUCGCCCAGGUCUGGGCUUCUCCAAGUCAGGGAGUUCCUGGUGGCUGAGAUAGAGCAUUUUGUCGAACCCGAAAACAAGCAGCACGCCCGGUUUUCCGAAGUCUGCAACGUCAAGUUGCCUCUCCUUGAUAAGGAGAAGCAGCUUGCUGGAAACACGACGCCUCAGACGCUGACCGUAGGAGAAGUGGUCAAAUCCAAGGUGGUUGACAACGAAACCCUGGGCUACUUCCUGGGAAGAGUCAUGCUGUUUCUCCUCAAGAUCGGAAUCGACCCCUUAAAAGUUCGGUUUAGGCAGCAUAUGGACAAUGAAAUGGCGCACUAUGCAUGUGACUGCUGGGAUGCCGAGCUCCUGACGAGCUACGGCUGGAUCGAGUGCGUUGGAUGUGCUGAUCGGAGCGCAUACGACUUGGCAGUACACUCAAAGUACACGGGCACUCCUUUGGUCGUUGAACAAGCCCUGUCCGAGCCUGUCAAGAAGCUUGUCGACCCACGUUUCAAGCGCGAUGCGAAGGCCAUGCAAACAAGCUUAGCCACUCAGCUCAGAGAAACCGGGGCUGUGACCAUCAAUACGCCCGUCUUGUCUGACGGCAGCACUUCCGUGGAGCUCUCGAGCAAUCUUCUGGCUAUCUCCAAAGUGACUCGUACUUCGAACACGCGCAAAUACACCCCGAAUGUCAUUGAACCAUCAUUCGGUAUUGGCCGGAUUCUGUACAGUCUCCUUGAACAGGUUUAUUGGCAUCGGCCCCACGAUGCUGCAAGAGCAGUACGCUACGUCGGACUUUUGAACCUUGAUUCGUCUAGUGCAUCUAUCGGCAAGAGAUAUGCACGAAAUGACGAGCUGGGCACGCCGCUGGGCAUCACUAUUGACUUUGACACACUGGCAGAUGGUUCCAUCACCCUCAAGGAGCGGGACAGCAUGACUAGCUUCGAGAACCUAGCAGAUAGCAUAGAGUCGUGGGAAGAGAUCUCGCAGCGAUUGCAGCCAUUUUUGGGCCAAGGCCAGGAGGACUAG